AUGGCACGCGUAACCGUUGAAGAUUGUUUAGACCAUGUAGACAACCGCUUUGAGCUUGUACUAGUGGCAAGCAAACGCGCGCGUCAAUUGGCACGUCAAGGCAUUGAACCAACUGUUGAGUGGGACAAUGACAAGCCGACUGUUGUUGCAUUACGUGAAAUUGCGAUUGGUCAUGUGACUAAAGAUAUCUUGAAGCAACGUGAUCAAGAUUACCAAACGUCUAGUCUUGACCUUGCUUUAUCAGCAAACAAUCUUAAUCUUGAAGAUAGGUGUUCUAUGCCAGGCCAACAGGUCAGCCAAUCCAAGCAACAGUUGAAUGUAAUUAUCGACGCGUACUUAAAACCAAGUGAUGUCGAGCGAGUACUUGUGGCUUGUGAUUAUGCUGAUAUUGCGCAUGAUGGUAUUACACGUAAAAGUGGUGAACCCUAUAUUUUACACCCGAUUGCGGUGAGUUGUAUCUUGGCACAUAUGCGUAUGGAUGCCGAAACGCUCAUGGCAGCUUUAUUACACGAUGUGAUUGAAGAUACAGAUUUCACCAAAGAAGAUAUCACUGAAAAAUUUGGUAAAACCGUGGCUGAAUUGGUCGAUGGGGUCACCAAACUCAGUCAUUCCAGCGAUAAAGAAUAUAAUAAAGCUGCGUCUUUCCGUAAAAUUCUUCAAGCCACCUUACAAGACCCGCGUGUGCUUUACGGCCAGAUAAACGUGCACGUAUCGCACAAGAAACUUUUGAUAUUUUUGUUCCUAUGGCACGGCUUGUCG